AAAAACAUUAAUGAAGUAAUGAACAACAUCCUACUUCCCCCCGGAACACCCCCUCUCUCCGCUGGUCGGCUACCUCACUCAAGACGCAACUUCGACACCACAGCGACAGUGAAGCUUGCAGAUGCCUAGCAAUGGCUGGUGCGCGAGGUCGGCCACGCAAAACAGCCGAUUCAACGAAUAAUAGAAGCACUGCUCGUACAAGAAGCUCCAGAAAGACGACGAAGAAAGAUGCCGAUAUUCCAGAUGUGUUUCAGGAUUUGCUUGCAGAGGCAGCGCCCUCUGCUAGUGCCGGCCCGGAUGAGGACAAUAAGCCUUUAAAGAAGCGCAAGACGGCGAGGAGUACUCGUAUAGCGGAACCAGGAGCACAACCGCCUCCUACUACUACCGAAAGUCGAACCACUCCCCAGCGAGAUCCUUCCCCGCACACUCAAGACGAUUCGGUGGACAAUGGUUACAAUGGGACUCGGCUGCUACAAACGGUUACAGAUUACUCCGAAGAAUCCGAGGAAAGUGAUCUAGAAUGGGAAGACGUUGGUAUAGAUCAGGCCGAGGAAGGGGAUCAGAAGUCGGACGAGGAACGUCCCAUUGGAGACAUUUCCAUUGUCCUGGGCGGCGACAAAAAUGACCAAAAGGCAAGGAAGCAAGUGCGGCGGAAAGGGGUGACUGCUGCAGAGAAAAAAUUAAGGCUUGAUAUCCAUAAGAUGCACAUCUUGUGUCUGCUCUACCACGUUCAUCUGAGAAACGCAUGGUGCAACGACUUCAAGACGCAGGCUACCUUGCGAAAACUGGUCAACGUCAAGCUGAUUGAGAAACUUGCCCAAGAUCCAGAACAAAAUCAAGGGCAAUCAUCAGCAUUGUUCUUAGAUGGGCUGGUGAGACUCAAAGAUUUAUGGUCGCAGAGAUUCUCUAUCACAGCCAUGGGACUCCAUAAGCCACGGUGGGCUGAUAGUGAGGAGGCCGUUCUAGAUUUCAACCAAUUCGAUGAGCUCGACCCCCCUAUGGAAUGUCCGGACUUCCGCACUGCGGCACACACACUUCGAGGUUCUCAGGACGUCGGAGCUCAGUUAUUUUGUGCACUUCUUCGAGGAAUCGGCGUAGAAGCCAGACUGGUUUGCUCUUUACAGUGUCUGCCGUUCUCAUCGGUUGCUCAAAGCUCCACUCCCCAGUCAAUCUCCAAGACGAAUCGCAUUGUCCUGGACCCAUACAAUUCGGAUAUUUCCCCAAGCAAGUCCACAGCCCCGGUCGCGUCUGCUUCGAACACUCCAUCUACUCCAUUGCGGCAGCGUCCCGUGCGACUAUCCAAGCUUGGGCAGUUCUUGACAGGUCAGAAGACAUACGAUGCUGGCAAAGCUCCCCCGUUACCGAAACCCAAGAAGAACUAUCAUACAGCAUACCCGGUUUAUUGGGUUGAAGCGUUCGAUUUCGCAUUGCAGAAAUGGAUUGUAGUAGACCCACACUCUUCUUCCACCGCCAACAGACCAGAUAAAAUCGAACCUCCCAUGAGCUACUCACAGAAUACGCUUAGCUACGCAGUGGCGUUUGAAGAAGACCUGUCAGCGAGAGACGUUACGCCGAGAUAUGCGAAAGCACUGAAUGCGAAGACUCGCAAGGCCAGAGUUGAGAGUACUGAAGGAGGUGCGAAAUGGUGGAAGAAAGCACUGAAAAUCUUCAGAAGAAGGACGACUCUAGACAGAGAUCAGGUCGAAGACGCUCAGCUUGCACGCAGAGAGGCUGCAGAAGGAAUCCCGCGAAACGUUCAAGACUUCAAAGGUCAUCCUAUAUACGUACUUGAGAGACACCUCAGGCAUAACGAGAUCAUCCAACCCAAGAACCAAGUUGGCAAGAUCAACGUAGGAAGCGCAACUGCAAGUAAAAUGGAACCUAUCUACCGUAGACGCGACGUGCAUGUUGUGAGAAGCGGAGAUAAAUGGUAUCGAAUGGGACGAGAAGUGAAGGAGGGUGAACAGCCCUUGAAACACGCCAAACCUCGAAAAGGAGCUCGAAGCUCUCUUGGUCCCGACGAACUCGACGCCGAAGACAUGGAAGAUGUCGGCGUCGGAUUAUACGCAGGAUUUCAGACAGAGCUAUACGUCCCUCCGCCCGUCGUCCGCGGUAGGGUACCUCGGAACGCAUUCGGAAAUCUCGACAUUUACGUGCCAUCCAUGAUCCCAAUGGGAGGUGUACAUAUCCGCGCACUUGAAGCAGCGAAGGCCGCACGAACCGUCGGGGUUGACUUCGCCGACGCUGUGACGGGCUUCCAAUUUAGAGGCCGACAUGGCACUGCAGUCAUCCAGGGUAUCAUCGUUGCCGCCGAGUAUCGAGAAGCGAUCGAAGCUGUCUUGAAAGGAAUGCUGCAGGCACAAGAAGAUGCACAGAAUGCUUUACGCAGUGCGGAAGCGUUGCGGCUUUGGAGACGAUUUUCUCUUGGUCUCCGGAUCGCCCAGAGAGUCGCGGGAUACGAAAUCAAAGAGGACAAGGUAAACCUCCAAGAAGAGCUGGAUCAAGAGGAAGAGCACCUUGACGAGCAGCAAAUGGCUGGUGGCUUCUUUCCUGGCGCUAAUUUGGGGACCAUUGAUCCAAUGGAGGCUAGGAAUGAAUACGAGCACGAGCACUUUGGGUUCGAUGGCACUUCUAGGGGUAGAGUUAUCUCGGAUGUAGUGAUUGAUUUUAUUCCAGAAAAUGCCAAUAGCUUCGGAAGCUCGCUCUUAGAACAGGUCUCAAUCACACCACGAAGUACGCGAACGAUACCUCAGCAUCAAGAGUCGCUCAAAGCAGACCCAGGCGAUAUAAGAGGUAGCUUUAUACCAGAUAGUCCGGGCGAUCAAGGUAGAAGAUUCAUUCCAGACGAAGAAGUUCUUCCAGAGGAGAGUCACAGGGUCCCUCCUCGGCAGCAGAGUGAUCCAAUGGAAAUGGACACAGCGGGUGGAUUCAUCGUCGACGAUAUAUCCAAAGAUGAUUCAGUCGAGCAACUGGAACCCGCCCAGCUCCCCGUGCCCGCAGAAUCGAGAGACAGCGCAAUGCAAAAAAUGCCACAGUCCUCUCAACCAUCAGCGCCUGCAAGCGUCUCCAUGACCGCAGAAUCAGACUCGACAAGCCAACAACCAGCUCAAGACGGAACCUCGAUUCAGGUUGAAGAGCAAGCUGCAGAAAUUUGGCAAGAUCCAAAACCCGCACAGCCCGCGGACAACGACGAGCAAUCGAGCGAUGAAGACCGCAACUCAUUACUGUCUGAAGACCCGGAAGAUGAAGAUGCCGACCCGGAUUGGUUAGUGUAUACAACAUAGAUAUCUGGAUAACCUGCAUGUUGUAUCAGUAGCUAGAUAUGUAGAAAACUUUGGCUCUUGAGACCUUU